CAAAACCACUCCAAACACAACCCGAAAACGCAAAUUGAAUCAAGGCCGUUGGGGAUUGUUGAUCAACAAAAAGGUAAACCCUUCUCACUCCCGAUAAAAAGACCGGCGCGCGAUCGGGUUCGGUUUAGUUUCAUCGUGAGCGAACAAAACAAAACGUAGCUAAUUCCCAUCCUACAUCGUACCGUGUGCGUGUGAUUGGUAACGACACCAUGGAGUGGACUCGACCGGCAAAGGUUCUGUUUCCGUCGGUGUGGCAUCGAUUCCAAGCGAAAGCUCCCAUGGCCAAGAAGCAGCUGGCGUGGUAUCGGGUGCAGGAUCUACCGGAGGAUCGGUUCGAUGAUGCGAUUCGCCACAUGUGCGACCACUUUGCGCGGGACGAACUGAUGAACCAAGCGAAGGGACUGUCGCGGGAUUUGGUCGCCAUGAGCGAUGUGGUGGCGCUGUGGAGAGCGAUGCUCCCGGAUCGACUGUCUUUGGUGUGCUUUCGGGAGGGAUCGGAUGAGAUUGUGGCGGUUAAUAUUUUGGAUGUGGCUUCCAAAUCGGAUCAGGAUGAUCGACGCUUCGACAGCGCGAUCUUUCAGGCGAUCUACGACACCAUCGAAUACGUAUCGAAACGGGCUAAUAUUUUCGAGCGAUAUGGUGUUGAUCGCUAUUUGAAUGCGAUGGGUUUAUCCGUGAAUCCAGAAUAUCGCGGUAGAGGUAUUGCAACUGAAAUGCUUCGGGCAAGAAUCGCUCUCUGCCGCACAGUGGGUCUCAAAUUGAGCUCGUCUUGCUUCACCGGGCCCAUUUCCCAGACGGCAGCCGUUCGGGCAGGCUUUCAGGAGGACUUUGCAAUUACAUACGGUGAACUGGCGCGCGUCAAUAGAAAGUUUAGCUACCCUGGAAUAGAGGAAAACUUUUGUAAAUAUAUGAGCUUGAGAGUUGAUUAAUUGUAAUAAAAGUGUUUAACUGUGGUGGAUAACGCGAGAUUCGAGUGUGAAUUAGUUUAAUGAUUUUAACCAUACCUGAUUAAGCACUACAUCUAAUCAAUUAAGCACUACAUCUAAUCAUAA